CAUCUGCGGGUACGAUCGUUUCCUAGGUUUUCCAACAGUAUAUCAGAGUUCGCGAAUUAGGUUUAUAAUAAGUUCUUAUAAUUUGUAUUUUUUGUUUAUUGAAAGACUCUUCGCUCUUUGGAUUUGUAUCCGAUAAACUAUUUGCUAGAUUUUUUUUUUUUAAUUUUUUUUUUAAUGUGUUGUAACCUUGUUUGUCUGAAACUGUUGUCUUCUCACAGUUUUCUUUCUGUCUCUCUCAAGAAUUCUUGUUUUGUUUAACUGAGUUAACCAUCUAUCUCUAUUAAAGUUCUAAUUUUUUUUUUCAGUUUCAUUAAUGGGUCUUAUGAAUUUUAUACAAAUUCUGAUCCUCUCUUUUCUACCUCUGUUGACUCUGAAUUUUUCUGUUUCAUUUGAUAAGAAUUUUUCUGUUUCUACCUCUGUCUUGAUAUUUUUGCACCAUUUUUUUUGGCAGUCCACGGAUGACAUGAAAUCCAUAGCAGUUGAAGCGGCUUUAUUGCUGCAAGGGAAGAUAAACGACGAAGAUGAUAACACUGUAACUAUCCGGCUUCUUGUUCCAUCUAAAGUUAUUGGUUGUAUUAUUGGAAAAAGUGGUUCAAUCAUAAAUGAGAUCCGGAAGAGAACUAAAGCUGAUGUCCGUAUCUCCAAAGGCGAGAAGCCUAAGUGUGCUGAUUCCACCGAUGAACUUGUUGAGGUGGUUGGGGAAGUUAGUAGGGUGAGGGAUGCACUUAUUCAAAUUGUUCUGCGGCUUCGAGAUGACGUCUUAAAAGACAGGGAAGGUGGUCAUAAUACUUCUGCUGGUGCCAAUUCUAUGUAUUCUAGUGGUACUGGCUUUUCUAUGCCUUCAGUUUUGCCUAGCGUUCCCCCAGUUGCUCCAAUGGGUUAUGAACAGAGAACUGAAUCUGGGAGUGGCUUAGGCAUGCUUUCUUCAGGCAGCCUUUAUGGAUAUGGAUCUUUAUCAAAAGUAGUUCAGAUCUCAUGUGGGUGGAGGCAUACACUUGCUUUUACUGAAAGAAAAAAUGUAUUUUCUUGGGGAAGAGGUACAAAUGGACAGCUUGGGCAUGGGGAGUCAGUUGACCGGUGAAACAGGAUCCAACGGAAGUAAACUCUGUGUUUAUUCCAUCCACCAAAGGUUCAAGCAUUUUUCUGAUUGGUUACUGGAAAUCAUGGCUAUGGGAGACUUGGAUGCUUUCUUUCCUGCUGCAACAUGUGAAUAUGCUCCUAUUGUAGAUGAGAUUUGGAAGGAUCCUGUCAUCCAGGAAACCUACAAGAGAAGGAAAGAAAUUCAUUUGCUUCCAGAUGUUGCCAAAUAUUUCUUAGAUCGGGUCAAAAGGAUAAAUUUUGCCGAGGGGAAGAUUUGAUUCUAGAAGUAAGGAAUUUGCAGCUUGAUUUUUGAAAUAGGCCCAAAAUUGAAAUCUUGUUGGAAAUUUUUUAUUUUUUUAUUUUUUGUAAGAGCAUUUAAAUAUCCAAUUGUGCUGAUUGGUGAAUUUUAAAUUUUAUUUUAUUAUUAUUUUUUUUAAGG